AUGCUGAAAAGGUCCGGAGAGUAUGAACCUCCAUUGGGAAAAAUAUGGAGCAGAUCUGAAAGUCGAACAUGGACGAUUUUAAUGUUUACUGGAACUUGUGUGCUGUACGCAGCGAGAGCUUCUCUACCGAUUUGCGCAGCUGUAAUUGCGAAAGAUUUCGCAUGGAACAAAACCGACUCGGGAACCGUUCUAUCCUGCUUUUUUUGGGGAUACGCCUUCACACAAGUGUUCGCUGGUCGAAUAGCAGAUACCUACGGAGCUGAAAAUAUCCUACCGUUUACAAGUUUGGCAUGGACAAUGCUCACAUUCUUCACCCCGCAUCUAUUCGAUCUGGCCUAUUCGUCAGAAUUUCCACUUUUCAUUCUCUUGGUUGUUCGCGUGCUCACUGGCGUUUUCCAAGCGUUCCAUAUCCCUUCUUUGGCUUCAAUCGUUGCCAAACACCUUUCGGCCAACGACAAAGGCCGCGUGUUCGGCAUCGUUCUCGCCGGAUCACAUUGUGGAACGGUUUUAGCUGGCGCGUUUGGAAGCAUUCUUCUUGAAUGGGCCGGCUGGCGAACACUUUUUCAUUUCGUCGGAGUUAUCUCUCUUCUAUGGUGUUGGAUGUUCAAAUGGUUGUUGGAUGAUAGGAAAAGCUCAUUGCGGCGAUCUUCGCCAAUCCCUGACGAAGAGAUUCUCCUCAAUAAGAAGCAUGAUUCCCACGAAUCCCACCUGACAAUCGCGCCGGUGCAGCCAGUUCCCUGGAUGAAACUGUUCAAGCAUCCAGCAUUCUGGGCUGCGGCGAUCGCUCAAUACACCGGCGGAAACUCGUAUUCAAUUCUAUUCAAUUGGCUUCCAUCAUAUUUCCAUGAAACAUUCCCCAAUGAAAAAGGGGUUGUUUACAAUGUGGUCCCUUCGCUCGCCAUCGUUGUCACUUCAUUAGUCGCCCCAUAUUUAGCAUCGAAAACAUUGGCAUCGGGAAAAUCGGUGACGUAUACAAGGAAGCUUAUGGAAGGCGCGAGCUUGAUCGGUAUCGCCGUCUGCCUAAUUCUCGUUUCGAUGACGUCAUACUUCUGGAUGACACUUCUGAUUUUCACGUUGGCCAUGGCCGCACGUGGUUUGCAUCAUGGUGGCGUCUCAGUGAACCCGCAUGACUUCGCGCCAAACUACGCGGGAUCGGUUUUCGGGGUAUUCAAUGCUUGUGGAGCCAUCACCGGUUUCGUCGGCGUCUACGUCGCUGGCCACAUCUUAGAAGCCACCAAUAAUAAUUGGUCGUACGUAUUUAUUGUCACCGCCGUGCAAUGCGUCCUCGGCGCAAUUGUGUAUGUCUUAUUGGGAAUGGGUCAAAAAAUUAUCUAA